ACUAGGCCAUCAAUGGGUUCACGUCCAAGCGUUUUUCAUAACCUAGUGCUUUGUUCAGCUCUUCGGUUGGGAUCUCCAGUCAGACUUGUUGCUCACCACACACCAGAAACGGCGUCAGGUAUUCCUUUCGGGCCUCGGCAGGUGAACGUAAUGAAGCCCUCGAAGCACACAAUAAGAACUAUCGACGAAUCUGCGAAGGCUAGCUGUCUCCAUUGGUCCAAUGCAUUAAGGAAAUGAUGUAGCGCGCUCGCUGAACAGCAUGACCGUAUUCUUGGCGCAGAGAUUCCCAGGCAAAUUCAGGAUUGUUAUGAUGUAGUAGUCAAUUUCUUCCACGAAAUGCAUCAACAUUUUCACAUUUCCUGUCCACAAGCUCAACAGCGCCCUGGGUGUCUCAAAAGUAUGACGAGAACCCGUUCGGCUCCUCCACCUGCACACCCACCACCUUACCACCUUCAAAACUUACCUACGACGCUUAUCCACCCUGCCACCCCAUCAUGCAAUGCUACCUGUCGUCAACGUUCCUUUAACCCAGGGUCGACAGGGCGUAAUGCUGCAGCGGGUGCUCC